UACCAUUUCGUUAAAAAUAAUUCUAGUGCACCCAAUUACGGCAUUUUAUCUUUUGAAACUUUUCUUUUUCCGUCAUUUGUAUGCAUACUUGUAAUAUGUGGAGUUCUAGAAUUUCCAAAGCAUUUUCGACGGAAUGAAAAUAUCUGAUAUCAUGAGUAUGGAGGAUGUUGUUGUUGGUUUGCCGACAAGUACCGAAGAACCGACACAAAAAGCCUACACCAACCACCAUAAUCAUUCAUCGGAAACAGAAAAAGUAGGCACUGAUCCAAAUUUUAAACGAGUUAUAGUUUGGAAAAAUGCAAUAGGAUUUCUUAUGAUUCACCUGGUGGCUUUAUAUGGAUUAUUUUUGUUACUAACAUUUCAAGUUAAAUUUUUGACAUUCCUUUGGGCUUUUUUCGGUAUCGUAAUGUCUGGAGAAGGAAUUACAAUGGGUGCUCACAGGUACUAUUCACACAGAACGUUUAAAGCCUCUUUUGGUCUGAGACUCAUUCUGAUGUUUUGUCAAACAAUGGCUGGUCAGAAUUGCAUAUAUGUGUGGGCCAGAGACCACAGAGUACAUCAUAAAUAUAGCGACACAGAUGCAGAUCCCCAUAAUGCAAACAGAGGUUUCUUUUUCUCACAUAUGGGAUGGUUGAUGAGCAAGAAACACCCCCUAGUUAAAGAAAAAGGAAAAACUAUCGAUAUGUCUGAUCUAGAAGCCGAUCCAUUAGUUAGAUUCCAAAGAGACUGGUACUUUGCACUUUAUAUUUCUAUCGCAAUCGUGUUUCCUGUCAGUGUUCCCAUAUAUUUUUGGAAAGAGACGUUUUGGAACAGUUUAUUGGUAUGUUAUUUUCUAAGAAAUGUCAUGGUGUUAAAUCAAACAUGGACUGUGAAUAGCUUAGCACAUAUAUGGGGAAAUAAGCCUUUCGAUAAAAAUAUUUUGCCAUCAGAAAACCCACUUGUGUCCUUUCUAACAGCUGGUGAAGGUUGGCACAAUUACCAUCAUACUUUUCCAUGGGAUUACAGAACAUCUGAAUAUGGAACUACUUUUACAGGAACUACAAUGUUUAUAGAAUUAGCAAAAAGUGUAGGUAUGGCCUACGAUUUGAAAACCGCUCCAAACUCAAUGAUAAUACAAAGAAGUGUAAGGACAGGAGAUGGUACACCCAUCCAUACUACUAGUCAAACAAACGGGAUCAUCGAAGGCAAAAAUCAAGCAAAUGGCCACACCAAAUUACGCUGAUGUUUUCCAAAUUAAUUAUGUUUUUAUUGUGGUUAUCAUUAAUGCCCACAGAUUAAGAUUAGACUCAGACAUUAACUAAAUGAUGUCCAAUAAAAAAUAAGCACUGAAAUUUAUUGUUGAGUUUAAAUAAUCCCGUUUUUGUUAAGUUUAUGUACAUUUUUAAUAAGUAAACAAUUAAAUGCAAUUUUGUUGAAGAUUAA